CUGUAAGAAUCCACAACUCUUAAAAGCGAAGAAACUUGCUGUCGAAGGAAUCUACAUAAUUGUAUCGUGAUGGAGAAGUCAGGAGAAACUCCAAAAUGGGAAACUCUCGACAGAAACAUACUUUCAGUUAUCUUCAAUAAGCUCGACGCAAUGGACCUUAUCAUGGGAGCUUCACGCGUCUGCAUCUCUUGGUUCGUUGCCUCUCACGACAAAUCUCUGUGGCAAACCGUCGACCUCGCCAAGCUCCAACAAGUUGUCGUAUCUUACAGCCCAGAGUCCAGGGAUAAAGAACGACCAGUCGUCUUCUACAAUCACCGGGUAGACGACAAUGAAAUAGAAAGAGGCCUAAGCUUUAGGAAUGUUUUGGUUAACUUUUAUCAAUGUCUACAUGGUGAAGUGGAGAAAGGUAGGAGUCUCAGGGAAGUAUUGAUUGAGAUCACAAAGUUGAGCGGCACCGCCCCGAAGAAUUUGUUCUUCAACUCUCAUUCUUAUAUAAAAGAGAAGGAUCUCAUGAUGCCAAACAUCGAGAAACUUGUUUUACCGCGUUGGUGCUAUCACAACAAGAAGUCAUUUCGGUUUGCGUUCAGUCGAUGGAAGAAUCUUAAAACACUGAUCAUUGCUCAUGAUCACAAUCUCAAUGGGGGAUUCGAGUUUCAAGCCGUGGGAGAGAACUGUAUUAACCUCACCAACUUGAAAUAUUUGGGUUAUUUGCAUGAAUACAAUGCUGAGCAAAUUGUGCGGUGCUUCCAGAAGCUCAAGAGGUUGAGUUUGCGUUGCUCUUUCCUCUGCGUUAGAGGAGUUUUAUCGCUAAUCACCGGCCUCCAAAACCACGUUAUCCUUAAUCUGACACACUGUGUAUUCCAUGACGUUGCUCUGCUUCGUCAAAAUGUACCUGCUAUCGGCCCAGUACCUAGUGACGAUCUUGUACAAUCAGCUACUCAGAAGCUUGACAAAUUUAUAAAAUGUUCAAACGAUUGCAGCUUCUGCAAAGGUUGGUGGGAGAGGCUUACAUUAACAUCUUUGGAUAAGUCUCGCUGGCAUCCUUAUGACAAGGAUUGGCGAAACGAUGAGAUAGAAGAAUUUGUAUUUUAAGGGCUUUUGUCCAUGUUUUUGAGCAACUGAUCGAUUAUGUUUUGAGGUUGAAUUCUAUCUUUGACAUAUUACGCUAUAAAAAGCAUUGCCAUUU